AUGCUUUACAAAAUAAAGAUCAGGGGAAAACGAAAUCCCAAGCGAAAGAAAUCCGUUGUGAUUUGUUACUUCCAAGGCAAUGGCGGAUCGACCCCUAUGCGAUUGCCUAUUCUCUCUCAGGUCUUGCGCGCAAUUGCGGAAACAUCAAGAUCAACUUCAUCUCCUACGUCUAGCCCCGAAGUGUCUCAAUAUACUAUCGCUGCUUUAUCAUACCGUGGCUACUGGAAAUCAUCUGGUCGCGCCACACAAUCCGGAAUUGAGAUGGACGCCCAGGCAUUCUUGAACUGGAUUUCAGAAACAUAUGCGUCCCCAGAAACUGAUCUUGAAAUUAUGAUUUGGGGACACAGUCUUGGUGCUGCUGUUGCAAGCUCAGCAGUAUCUACGUAUAUUGCCCGCCAACAUGAAGGGCGAAACUCCUCAAAUACAAGCAAUAACAAGCCCCUGGCGCCCAUUUCCAGGCUCAUCUUGGAGGCGCCAACAUCUAGCAUCAAAGAUAUGCUCAUCAGCCUCUACCCUCAGAAAUGGCUUCCGUAUAGGUAUCUUUGGCCCUUCUCUUGGAAUACUUGGGAUAUUAAGGCGAAGAUGAAGCAAAUGGCUACAUGGAGGGACCAAUCUCUGUCUCAAACCCCCAAUCCUGAAGCUACGGCUUCAAUACCUCGCUCGCUUCCGCCCAUAUUUCUUCUAUCUGCCGAGAAAGAUGAAGUCAUUCCGUCAUACGUGCCAGCCCAGUUAGAACAGCAUGCCAAAUCUCUCGGCUUAGAGAUCAAGAGGAAAGAUGUCCUCGGCGCCAUGCAUAUAGAGGCACCACUGAAACUGGAUGGUAGGAAAGCAUUGGUACAAUUUAUUCUCAACGGUACUUCCGUACCCAGGACAUAA